AUUGCUUUGGCCUGCCUUUUUCUUCUACCCGGAAGCGUCCGGUGCUGUUUACAGUUAGCUAACACGAGUUUCAAAUGUUCGCGUCCAGGAAAGAGUGAAACAAGAUGAGCCAAGUGCAAAACGGAGCGGAAUUUGAGGGUAUUUCCGUUCACAAUUUCUCGGAAAAGAUUCUGGAGCAGGUUGUACACUUCCAUGUGAUGAAGCUGAGCGGCGGGUUUUUCCUGUGGGUCGGUUCGGCGCCGGUUCUGUCCAACCUCGCAGUGUCCAUGAGCAGCAGAUAUGAUUUGAUGCCGUUAUCCACAUUAGUGAUGGGGGACCCAUCCAACACAGCUCCCAAUUCCUUGGCACAGAGAUUAGCAAAGAAGACCAAAAAACAAGUAUUUGUCAGUUACAGUCUUCCAAUGACAGAUUCCAGCCUCGGCCUGUUGGUGGAGAACAGGAUCAAAAAGGAGCUGGAGCUGCACCCGGAGCAUUUCUGAACAUGCGUGACCCUCUGUAGGAAGGAGCUGCAGUGUACAGCAGCAGUGCUGUAAUACAGGAAUCAUACUCCAGGACAAACGGCCACAUCAAGUGUUCUUUUAUUGACAUAAUAAAUUAAGUAGUUUAUUAUCAAAACAUGUACUGUAGGCCUGGGGCUUUUUGUACAAAUGCGUCAUAUUAAAAAAAUAACACUUAGAAAACA